AUGGCGUUGAGGUUACCUGCUUCGACUCUGAAAUUGCAAUCAGCUACAAAACCACAGUUUACUAUUGCAAAGACGCCAAAGAAUACGUUGGGAUUUGAAAAGAAUCCUUACCGUAUUAUAACGGGGUCAGGUGAUAACGUGGUGGAUGACUUCCCAAUAACAGCAUCAACACCAACAGGUUUCAAUCCAGAUGUCCAAGCUCAACAACCGGUUCCCAAAUGGUUAAAGGAUUUUACAGGAUUAAGCGAGUGGCCGGGAAUGGACCCACCUUAUAUUCCAUUGGAUUUCAUUAAAUUGGAAGAGAUCCCAGAUAUUGCUCCUUACCCGCAAGGUGUUUGCCCAUUGACCAGAGGUACGUGCUCGUUUGACUGUUACAAGUGCGUUGAGCCAGAUGAUGUUUUCACCUGUCCAAAGCUCUCACAGACAUUCGAUGAUGGACCAUCUCCAGCAACUCCAAAGCUCCUCUCUCAUUUGCAGGGCAAGUCAAGCUUCUUCACUUUGGGUGUUAAUGUUGUUAGAUACCCAGAAAUUUACCACAGUAUCCAGAAGAAAGGGCACUUAUUGGGUAGCCAUACAUGGUCCCACAAAUUCCUACCGAGUUUAACAAAUGAACAAGUUAUUGCACAAUUAGAAUGGUCAAUAUGGGCCAUGAAUGCCACUGGGAACCACUUACCAAAGUGGUUUAGACCUCCAUAUGGAGGAAUCGACAAUAGAAUCAGACAUAUUCUGAGAAAGUUUGGUUUACAAGCUGCACUUUGGGAUCAUGACACAUUUGAUUGGCAACUUCUUAACCCUAGCAUGAAUAGAACUCAGGAUCAAAUAUUGGCAGACGUUAAGCAGUGGAUGUCCAAGUCCAACCCACCGAUGGGGUUGAUAUUGGAGCACGAUGGAGCCAUACAAACGGUCAAUGCAGGUAUUGAAGUACGUAACCUUAUUGGAGAAGACCAAUGGACGGUGGCCCAGUGCAAAGGUGGUGCCGAAUACAUCAGAGUUUUUGACCCAAUGUGA